AUGACAGACACACAGACACACGCACACCCACAAUGUGGCCGUGCACACGCAAGCAUUUUUGCCUUUCACAAUUUCUUUCUUUCAAUCACACACGUACACCUCCUCUCUCUCUCUCUCUCUCUCUCUCUCUCUCUCUCUCUCUCUUUCAUCCUUCUCUUUAUCUACUUCCAUUUCUCUCACUCCAUCUCCCUUCACAGGCUAUUUAAUUUCGAACAUAAUCACGUCUUCUACAACUUAAGAUUUCUAUCUAUCUAUCUAUCUAUCUAUCUAUCUAUCUAUCUAUCUAUCUAUCUAUCUAUCUAUCUAUCUGUAUUUGGAAAUUAUCUAUCUAUCUGUCUUUUCUUCAUAACUAUGAACCUUUAUAUUUAUUCCGUUCAUUUAUAUCUAUUUAUUUCAGUCCAUUCACAUAUAGCGAUUUUCCAAGCAUUUAUGCAUCUAAUUUCAUUCAAUAUUUACUAUAAAAUUUUAUUCUAUCUAUCUAUCUAUCUAUCUAUCUAUCUAUCUAUCUAUCUAUCUAUCUCUCUCUAUAUAUAUAUAUAUUAUAUAUAUAUAUGUAUUGAUUCGAUAGGUCGUUGUGGAUCUAUCUAUCUAUCUAUCUAUCUAUCUAUCUAUCUAUCUAUCUAUAUAUAUAUAUAUAUAUAUAUAUAUUGUAUGAUGCCAUCAUUCAUUAUUAUUUACACUCAUAAGUUUCAGUAUCGUGCGUGCACAGACAACCAUAUCUAUCUAUCUAUCUAUCUAUCUAAUAAAUUAAUUUUCUUAUCUGACAAUAUUUCAUACUACAAACUAUCUAUCUAUCUAUCUAUCUAUCUAUCUAUCUAUCUAUCUAUCUAUCUACAUCUGAUUUGUAUCUAUCGUGUUCUGUUCAGUAUCUAUCUAUCUAUCUAUCUAUCUAUCUAUCUAUCUAUCUAUCUAUCUAUCUAUCUGUUUUCACUCUGUUCAGUAUCUAUCUAUCUAUCUAUCUAUCUAUCUAUCUAUCUAUCUAUCUAUCUAUCUAUCUGUUGCAAUGUUUUGUUAGAAAAUUACAUUAACCUUCCUUGCAUGCUCAUAAGGAUAAGUCUGUCUGUCUGUCUAUCUAAUCAUCUCAAUGUUGAUCUCACACCGUCAGUCUCUACUUGUCUCACUCUGAUUAUUAUUAUUCUCUGGAUCACAUUUCUCAUCUCUCUCCGUCUCACUCUCCAUAUCCUUGUCUCUUUUUGUUCGGAUCUACUUGUUUUUUUUUUUGCUCGUUUGUCUCUUACAUUUUGCUCAUUUCUCCCUGUGUCCUUUUGCUUAUAUCUCACUUUUUGCUUUUGCUCGUCUCCCUUUGUUUCAUUUCGCUCGUCUCCCCUUGUCUCAUAUUGCUCGUCUCCGCUUGUCUCACUUUGUUCGUCUCUCCUUGUCUACUUUUGCUCGUCUUCCAAUUGUCUACUUUUGCUCGUCUUCCAAUUGUCUACUUUUGCUCUUCUUCCAAUUGUCUACUUUUGUUUGUCUCUCCUUGUCUCAUUUGCUAGUCUCUCCUUGUUUCAGUUGGAUCGUCUCUUCUUGUCUCAUAUUGCUCGUCUCACUUUGUUCGUCUCUCCUUGUCUCCUUUUGCUCGUCUCUCCUUGUCUACUUUUGCUCGUCUCUCCUUGUCUACUUUUGCUCGUCUCUCCUUGUCUACUUUUGCACGUCGCCCUUUGUCUCAUUUUCCUCGUCCGUCUUUGUCUCUUUUGUUCGUCUCUCCUUGUCUCCUUUUGCUCGUCUCUCCUUGUCUCCUUUUGCACGUCUCCCUUUGUCACUUUUGCUCGUCUCCCCUUGUCUACUUUUGCUCGUCUCUCCUUGUUUCCUUUUGCUCGUCUCCCUUUGUCCCUUUUGCUCGUCUCCCCUUGUCUACUUUUGCUCGUCUCUCCUUGUUUCCUUUUGCUCGUCUCCCCUUGUCUCCUUUUGCUCGUCUCCCCUUGUCUACCUUUGCUCGUUUCCCCUUGUCUAAUAACGCUCGUCUCCCCUUGUCUCCUUUUUCUUGCCUCACUUUAUUUCCUUUUGCCCGUUUCUCCCUGUCUCCUUUCACUCGGCUCGCUCUGUCUCCCUUUUCACACCCCUAACUGUCUCCUUUUGCACGUUUCUCUCUUCCCUUUUCUGCUCAUAUCUCUCACCAUCUCCUCUUGGUCAUCUUUUUGUCUCAUUCGAGUCAACCCUGCGUCUCGCUCUCCAUAUUUCUCUCUAGUUUUGCUCAUCUCUUUAUCUCCUGUUCAUCCUCUCUCCUUGUCAUACUUUGACGAACUCUCCCCGUCUUCUUUUGCCAUUCUCUCUCUUUCUCUCUGUGCUCAUAUCGCUGUAUUCCACUUUUCACAUUUAUCUCGCCCUCCUCUUCUCUCUCUCCCCCUCUCUAUCUUUCUGUGCCUCAUCCAGCUAAUCUCUCUUUUCAUUCUGUUCGUCUCUCUGUUCCAAAUGCUCAUCUUCUCCAUCUAUUGA